CGGAGCAACGCGCCUUUUCCCUAUAGCAUCACGUGACCCAGUCAGGAAGUGUAGUCGGACAUGACAACACCACCGAGCACGUUUGUUUUAGUUCUCUGACUCUGGAAACAUGACGGACAUUUUAUUCAAAAUAAAAAAUAGCGUGGCAGAGAAAAAGAAGACGACGGUAGAUCAGAGAGACUUACAGAAAUGGGGUUUAAAAGGGAUACAGCUGAGACCUUACCAGCUGGAUGGGGUGCAGUGGUUAACCCAGUGCCUCAAGAACCAGCAGGGAUGCAUCUUAGGGGAUGAGAUGGGUUUGGGAAAAACCUGUCAGACAAUCUCCCUGCUGGUGUACAUGUCGGGAGCUCUUGGGAAGAAAGGAGAGUUUUUAAUCCUGAGCCCGCUCUCUGUCAUGGAGAACUGGAGAAAGGAGUUGGAAUGCUUCGCCCCCUCUCUGACUGUGCUGUGUUACAAGGGAGAUAAAGAGAGACGAGCUGAGAUUCAGAGGGAAACACACACACAGGACUUCCAUGUCCUGCUCACUACAUAUGAGCUGUGUCUUAAAGAUGUUUCCUUCUUGAGACGGAGAAAGUGGGCUGUGCUUGUGGUAGACGAGGCUCACAGGCUAAAGAAUCAGAACUCACUAUUACACAAAACUUUAACAGAGUUUGCAGUGGGGUUUAGAGUCCUGUUGACAGGGACACCGAUCCAGAACAACCUGCAGGAGCUCUACUCCUUGCUGAGCUUCGUUCAGCCCAGCAUCUUUACUGCUGAUGACAUGGACUACUUUGUCAACUCUUACUCAAAUGUACAGAAUCAACCCGCUCUUGCUGCAGAGCUCCAGAGCAUCCUGGAGCCUUUCCUGCUUCGUAGAGUCAAGUCGCAGGUGGCUGUGGAUCUGCCCAAGAAAACAGAGUUGGUGGUGUACCAUGGCAUGUCAGCUCUGCAGAAAAAAUACUACAAAGCUAUUCUGACGAAGGACCUGGAGGCUUUUGGAAAUGAACAAGGCAACAAGACCCGGCUGCUGAACAUCUUGAUGAACCUGAGGAAGUGUGUUGACCACCCAUACCUGUUUGAUGGGGUGGAACCAGAGCCUUUUGAGAUGGGGGAGCAUCUUAUUGAAGCCAGUGGGAAACUCUGCCUUCUAGACAGCAUGCUGACCUACCUGUACAAAGGGGGCCACCGGGUCCUGCUCUUCUCUCAGAUGACAAGGAUGCUGGACAUUCUUCAGGAUUACAUGGAGUACAGAGGUCAUAGCUAUGAACGUCUGGAUGGGUCUGUCCGAGGGGAAGAGCGAAAUCUAGCAGUGAAGAACUUCAGCAGCAAAGACAUAUUUGUCUUUCUCCUCAGCACUAAAGCAGGGGGAGUGGGCAUGAACCUCACAGCUGCUGACACUGUCAUUUUUGUGGAUAGUGACUUCAAUCCUCAAAAUGACCUGCAAGCUGCUGCGCGCUGCCAUCGGAUUGGUCAGAACAGGCCUGUGAAAGUGAUCCGCCUUCUUGCCAGAGACACUGUGGAGGAGAUCAUGUACUCUCGUGCUGUGUCCAAGUUGCACCUCACCAACAUUGUUAUUGAAGAAGGUCGUUUCUCUUUACUGGAUCAAGCUCAGACAGCUGCUGCAGGACUGCAGCUCAGUGAGAUCUUGAAGUUUGGGGUAGAUAAGCUGUUGUCAUCAGAAGAGAGUUCGGUACAGGAUGUGAAAAUGGAGAAGAUCCUCGGUUUGUCACGUGGCGGUCAGUGGGUGGAAGAUGAAGACUCCACUUUGCUCAGAGAAGAGCUGGAGGAGGAGGAGGACGGCUCUGAGUCUGAUGGGCAGAACCACAUGUACUACUUUGAGGGGAAAGAUUACAGUAAGGACCCCAGCUCUGAUGACCAGAAGAGCUUUGAUCGUUUGCUGGAGGAGCAGCUGGCCGAGUUUCAGAGAACUGCUGGAGAGGGCCGAGCUCUGCGGCACAAAGCUGGAGUUUCACUGUCAGUUUUCUUGGGGGUUCCAACGAGGAAAAGGAAACCUCUUACCGAGGCCGAGCUGGAGCUGAGGCGACAGAGGAGGGAGGAGGCGGCAGCCAAGAGAGCCAAAAUUCAGGAGGACCUGAAGAAGAAACAGCAAGAGCAGAAACACAAGAAAAAAAUGGUGUGGUGGGAGUCAUGUGGCUACAGGUCACCAUGCCUCCAGUCUGUGGACAGUGAAGAGGAGGAGGAGGAGGAGGAGGAGGAUGACAGCAGUGUAUGCUCCACAGACUCUGACAGCACAGCCAUCCACUAUGUUCUCGGGGAUGUUACUCAUCCACACGCUGCUCAGGGAGAUGCUGUCAUCGUUCACUGUGUUGAUGACUCAGGCCGAUGGGGUAGGGGUGGCCUGUUUUCCGCUCUAGAGGUGAGAUCAGAUGAACCACGAAAGCAGUAUGAGCUGGCAGGCAAGAUGAAAGAUUUGGACCUUGGAAAUGUGCUGCUCUUCCCCAUCGAUGACAAGCAGUCUAGACAGGAUGGCCAGGAUCAGUUGGCCCUGAUAGUGGCACAGCAAAGAGACAAAGCCAGCAACUUGUCUGGGAUCCUUCUCACUGCUCUGGACAAAGGUCUAAAGAAGAUCUACGCUGCAGCCAGGAGAUAUAAGGCAAGUGUUCAUCUUCCUCGAAUCGGUCACUCCACCAAAGGCUUCAACUGGUACGGCACAGAGAGGCUCAUCCGAAAACACCUGGCCUCCAGAGGCGUCCCCACAUUCAUAUAUUACCACAGCAGAGCUCACAAGAACUCAGCUGCACUUCAGGCAUCCACCUCUGUGGCGUCGCCUGAACUGCAGUUGUGUAACUCUGACAGGCUGACUGACGAGACAGAGGUGGAACGUCCGGGCCCCUCGGGUGUUCCCCAAAGCCACGGCCCUGCAGAGCUUCCCAGUUUUAUGAGUGGAGUGCGAGUGUUUUUCUACAACCUACCUGCGUCACAGAGGAAGAGGCUGGCACGCUACCUUAUCACUUAUGAUGGAGAUGAGGAAGAUGUGAUGAGUCCAGAGGUCACCCACAUAGUAGCAGAGGUGGAAAACAGCAUUCACUCACAGGAGCUCCAAGACCUGGUGCGUCAGUACUCCCAGGCUGUCCCUGUGCAGAAGACCUGGCUGGAGUCCUGCUUCUCCAAACAACGAAAAGUCAACACUGCCCAAUUCAUACAUCUGCUCACUUAACACCUUGAUUCAUUAGUUUUAAUCUCUUUUUUAAAAUUCUCCUUUUAACCAGAGCUUGAAUGAGCUUUGGGUGGCUUGGUGAAACGUGUUCAUUGUUAAAGCAGUUUGUAAUGGUUGAUUUAAAAAUGGAAUAAAGAGUAAAUG